CAGACUUUUUGGUCAAUGUGGUUAAAAAAAAACAAACAAAAGUUUGACGUCAUUCGUGUUACUGAAGACACCUUAAAAUGAAUCGGCGCGGCUUUGGUUAUCGUUGGCGACUGUGCGGAGUCUCUGGAUCUUCAAAUUCAGUUAACAACUAAAUACAAAUUGCAAAGGAUCAAGACCAAAGCAGAAAUCCAGAAUUGUAAGGCCCAAAUGAUCUUUUUUCCCCUCUCAAAAUCAACACCAAUUACUAUUCAACCUUCUUUAGAGGCUAAGUGCAUCUGAACAUGGACAAUGGAGGACGGCAGCGCCUGCAGCAACAAUAGGGAGCAAUUGGGACUUUGUUUUACCAUCGACUACCUGUUGUACAACAAAGGUCACAAGACUGAACGAGAGGGAUCAAAGGAAAGCUCUCCUACUGCAGAAGUUCCACGAGCCACUGUUGACCUGGUUAAUAAAGCACUUCCAGAAGAAGAACAAAGUGGAAGACUAGUGGAUCUGAAGAAUGGCAAUGAUGAAUCAGAUGAACAGAAAAAAGAACAAAUUGAAAAUGAAAAGACAGAGGUGGCAACUAGAACAGAGAACCAAGAACAAAUACCCACAGAGUCCUAUAUCGCCCUGAUUGUUUAUAAUAAGGCUAUAAAUCAGUCCAGUAGAAGAGGUCAUCUUGUGUUACUCUGGAUAAGGGUGUUUGCUAAAUCAUGCGACAAAGCCAUUGUGCUAAAAUUCACCAUUUUAUCAUCAAUAUUCAUAAUCAAGUUCUUUCCCCAACAGGAGAAGAACUGGAGGAACAGCGUCAGACACAACCUUUCCUUGAACAAGUGCUUCAUCAAAGCUGGACGCAGUGAAACUAAGAAAGGUCACUUCUGGGCCAUAAACCCAGUCAACUUCCAUGACUUCUCUAACGGUGACUAUAACCAUCGCCAAGCCAGGAGAAGAGUCCGCAGAGCGACGAGACGACCCCCUUACACCCUGCCUGUCCCCUACUUCAGCCACAUGAGAGGGGCAGCCUGCUGGUGCAACUCACAUCCUCAGCCCCUUCCAUACUCCACAACCAGAGCAUACUGGAGCUGAACUGCACUCCAAACUCACCAAACACAUUCCUUUAAUGGCCUGCUGUAAGAAAUGUAGUUUUCACUGAAAACCUCAUGUUCUAAUGCAAUUACAAGCCAAAUUAGUCAUGAAUGUUGUAGAAUUUAUAAAUGUAAACUUGCAAUUACAAACCAGAUGGGAUUGAAUAUUCUGUAGGCACAAAUAUUUGGUUAAUUGCAGCUUUUAGCUUAUAGAUCUACAAUUCUUAAUUCCAAAUAAAAACUAUUCUUGACCAAACAGCAUGUUUUAGCCCAUGUAAACCUGCAGUUCAAACUUUAAAUAAUUUUUUUAAUAGUUUUCAAUCUUAAUGUUAAUGUGUUGUUUUGUGUAAAAUUACAAAUGUGUUUGAAACACUAUAUAUAAUUGUAAA